AUGGCCCCCUCCCAACAGAGAUACGAAUGCACUGAAACUAGAGCUGUACUUGGGCAGAUGACUAUCGUAGAUGUGUUUGCUCACCGCAUCUACGCCCUCAGUCUCGGCUUGAUGAUGAAAGAAGGGAUUGGGUCGCGAUGCGGUGAGACCUUGGGUAACUAUCGAGUUGAUCCGUUCGCCCUCCUCUAUUCCUCGAUCAGUGGAUUGGACAUCCCGACGGGCACCGAGAUAUCUCACGAUUUACCGCGCUCAUUGGCGCAACCUCCAUGCCGGCUUGUCACCCAUCAGAGAGGUUCGAUCUCAGGACAGGAGUAA